AUGUCUGCUCCGCAACAACCGUACAGCGAUGGGCCUCCUGAUCCGGAGGGUCAAGAUGGAGGAUACCAGCAGGAUGGGCAGCAAGCCGGCGGUCCUCCAGCCGCUGGAGGCAAGAAGAAGAGGGACAGAUACGCAGGACAGGCCUACGAGUUCGGCGCUGGAGCAAACGCUGCGUUAGGCGGACAGCAACCCGGUGGACAGCAGUAUCCCGGGUCGCCACCUGCUCCAGGUGGAGGAUAUGGCUUUCCUGGUCAGCAGCCUAUGCAACAACAGCCAUCGUACGGAAUGCCGCAACCUCAACAGCCAGCGCAGCCUGGGUAUCCCGACCCGAGCAUGGCUCAGGCUCAACCGCAGUACGGGCAGCCUCAGUAUGGUGCACCGCAAGGCGGCUACCAACCUCCGCAGGACAGUUACCAGCCGCCUGGACAGCAGCCCGGCAUGGCACCGGUGACACAGCAAUUCCAGCAGAUGAGCGUCGGUGGUGGCCCGGCUCCAGCUGCAGCUGCAGGACAGAUGCGACUCAAUCCUCUGCAGCCCGUUGAUAUUGGUCCUCAGGGGCAGCCAUUUCACGUUACAGACCUUGACCAGCCUCCACCGCCAAUCGUACUUCCGCCGAACGCGUCCGUGACUCCAUCACCACACGCCAAUUGCCCUCCCAAAUACAUUCGCUCAACGCUCAAUGCGAUGCCUACGACCUCCUCGCUACUCAAGAAGAGCAAGCUUCCGUUCGCGCUCAUCAUCCAGCCAUACGCUACCCUCCACGACUCCGAAGACGACGUCCCAGUUCAAUACGACCAAGUGAUAGCCCGCUGCAGAAGGUGCAGGACAUACAUAAAUCCUUUCGCCAGCUUUUUGGACCACAGCCACAGGUGGAGGUGUAAUAUGUGCAACCUCACGAACGACGUGCCGCAGAGUUUCGACUGGGACAGUGUGAAGCAGCAGCCGGUGGACCGAUGGCAGCGACCAGAACUCAAUUACUCUGUCACUGAGUUUGUCGCACCACAAGAGUACAUGGUCCGGGCGCCGCAGCCAUUAAUAUACCUCUUCUUGCUGGACGUGAGCUACGCUGGUGUCACUAGCGGACUUCUGGCGACCGCAGCACGAUGCAUCCUGGAAAGUCUUGACCGGAUACCAAAUGCAGACAGGCGGACGCGACUGGGGUUUAUGGCGGUAGACGGCUCGCUUCACUACUUCAGCAUCCCUCGUGAUGGUGGCGAGAACAACGACGCGAGGAUGCUUGUGGUCAGUGACUUGGACGAGCCAUUCCUGCCGACACCAGAAGACCUUCUUGUCAACUUGAGCGAAUGCAGAGCCAACAUUGAGUCCUUCCUGGAGAAGCUCCAAAGCAUGUUCGCGCAGACCCAGGACAAUAGCUCUGCAAUGGGCAGCGCGCUCCGUGCUGGACACAAGCUCAUCAGCCACGUUGGAGGCAAGAUGUGCGUCCUGUCUGCUUCCAUCCCGAACGUGGGAUACGGCAAGCUCGAGAUGCGAGAGGACAAGAAGCUGUUGGGCACCAGCAAGGAGAAUGGCUUGUUGCAGACACAGUCGUCGUUCUACAAGAGUUUCGCAGUCGAGUGCAGUAAGACACAGGUCAGCAUCGACAUGUUCUUGUUCAGCGCGCAGUACCAGGAUGUUGCGAGUCUGAGCAACCUACCACGUUACACUGGUGGGCAAACGUACUUCUACCCGGCUUGGAACGCGGCGCGGACAGAAGACGCGAUCAAGUUCGCGACCGAGUUCAGCGACUACCUCUCGUCAGAGAUCGGCCUGGAGGCUGUCCUUCGAGUGCGAACCACGACCGGCCUACGGCCAAGCGCUUUCUACGGCAACUUCUUCAACCGAUCCAGCGACCUGUGCGCUUUCCCAUCCAUGCCACGAGACCAAGCGUACGUGGUCGAGAUCGCGAUCGACGAGACUGUUACCAAGGCGUUUGCCUGCUUGCAAGCCGGCGUCCUGCAUACCACGUGCAACGGCGAGCGACGGAUCCGUGUACUCACGCUCAGCAUUCCGACCACGCAGAAUCUCGCGGAAGUCUAUUCGUCGGCGGACCCGCAGGCCAUCACCGCGUACUUCUCGCACAAGGCCGUCGAGCGGGCACUGGGAAGUGGUUUGGAUGCAGCGAGAGAUGCUGUGCAAGCCAAGAUGAUCGAGCUGCUCCAGACGUACAAGAAGGAGUUGGGAGGCGGCAACAUGGGCGGUGGAGGCUUGCAAUUCCCUGCGAACUUGAGAGCACUGCCGAUGUUGUUCUUGGGUCUGAUGAAGAACCUCGGCUUGAGAAAGUCCGCACAAAUACCUACCGAUCUUCGCUCGGCAGCCCUCUGCCUGCUCUCGACGCUGCCGCUGCCCCUACUCAUCCAGUACAUCUACCCUCGACUGUACUCAUUGCACGACAUGCCAGACGACGCCGGCCUCCCCAACGCCGAGACUGGAGCCAUCACAAUGCCACCAGCCCUCAAUCUCACCUCCGGCAACCUCGUCCCGUACGGCCUCUACCUCAUCGACGACGGCCAGACACAGUUCCUCUGGCUCGGCCGCGACGCUGUCCCGGCCCUCAUCAACGACGUCUUCGGUAUCGACGACAAGAACGCGCUCAAGCAGGGCAAGACUAGCCUCCCGGUCCUCGAGUCCGAGAUGAACGAGCGUGUCCGCGCGGUCGUGGAGAAGAGCCGCGAUCACAGGGGUAAAGGCUGCGGCAGCAUUGUCUUGCCUCCGCUCUACCUUAUUCGGGAGGACGGGGAGCCUAGUCUGAGAUUGUGGGCGCAGACGCUGUUGGUCGAGGAUCGGGCGGAUCAGGGCGUGAGUGGACCGCAGUUCUUGGGCAUGCUGAGGGAGAAGGUGCUUUCGUAA